CUGCACAAAAAGUCAAUGAAAAGCGGUGAGGAGUGCGUUUGUCGCAGCGAACAGAAUAAAGAAAACAAACAAAGUGUUGAGCCAUUAUGGAUAGAACAAUGUACGGGAAAAUCGAUCCGGGUGCGCGACAACCCUAUCGCACGGUCCGCAGCAAGGGUAUCCAGCCGGGGUUGUAAGAUUGUCUCGCAUUGGACAUCGUUCAUUUGGAAUGACGUCGACGAUCUCCAGAGUUCAACGCAAUGCUCGACACCUCCAGUAUUAUCCGGCUGUCCAGCAGACCAGUUCAAGUAUCUGGCAUUCCGACCACUGGUGCUCGAUGCGAAUAUACCAGAUGCACUCCUUGCUGACUUGCAGAACAGCGUGCCGGGGCAGCCGCAACAAUCUCAGCCGCAGUAUGGAACAGUGCAACCCAAACAGCAGCAGCAGCAACAACAACAACAGUUUGUGGACAAUACUCCAGGGUAUGGCAGCCUGAGGGGAAAGGCACAGCCACAAGUGUACCAGGAGCAUUACAGCGUAGAGACGCGCUCUCCUACGGCAGCGGAUCUGAAUGGACUUAGUCAUCAGAGCAAUGGUUAUCAGAAUCAAGGCACUGGCUCGCUGCCUCGCUCGGGUUAUAAUAAUGGAAUUGGCCAGAAUAGCUCCGGAUUGUCAGAGCUGGACUCGCUGUUGCAGGAUCUGCAGAAUGCACGCUAUAACAAUGGCAGUGCGGAACGCAAGGAAGUCGAUGUGCCAGUUAACUACAGCACACCGGUCUCCAAGUACAACACCUACAACAGCUACGCAACAGUGGAGGAGCGACCCACAGUCGAUAGUCUUCUAAACGAGCUGGACAAUGCGCACAUCUAUGCUGUCCCUAAUGGAUCUGCUCACAAAUCUCCGACGCCCGGUCGUCAUGUGACUAUUACCGUGCGCGAAACGAAAACCGAGAAGCUCUCAGGACCCGAUGGACCAGUUGGAUCUGUCGAGGAGCACAUAGUGCAACAAAAGGAUUCGUACUCACCCAACUUUGCAGCUCCACCUCAACAUCAGACCUACACUUCACAAGCCACCAAGGAAUUAGAUGAUUUAAUGGCUUCACUGUCGGACUUUAAGGUCAGCAGCAAUAGUAACAGCAACAGCAACAGCAACGGAUACGACGGAGCCCAGCAACAGUUGCAGCAACAUCAUCAUCAGCAGCAGCAACAGCAUCACCAACAGACGGUGACGGACUACGCGCAACCGAACAAGGGAACACAGCAGGCGCAUCUCACGCAGACCAUUGAGGAGACGACAAUCGUCGAGGAUAGUCGCGAGGAUCAGUUGGAUUCUAUGCUUGGCAAUCUACAGGCCAAUAUGAGUCGUCAAGGUGUCAACACAGUGCAGAAGGGCUGCUGCAAUGCAUGCGAGAAGCCAAUUGUCGGCCAGGUGAUCACUGCCCUGGGCAAGACCUGGCAUCCGGAGCACUUCACGUGCAAUCACUGCAGCCAGGAGCUGGGCACACGCAACUUCUUCGAGCGCGACGGAUUCCCCUACUGCGAACCCGAUUACCACAAUCUGUUCAGUCCACGUUGCGCCUACUGCAAUGGCGCCAUUCUGGACAAGUGUGUGACUGCUCUGGACAAGACCUGGCACACCGAGCACUUCUUUUGCGCCCAGUGUGGCCAGCAGUUCGGCGAGGAUGGGUUCCAUGAGCGCGAUGGCAAGCCGUACUGCCGCAACGAUUACUUCGAGAUGUUUGCCCCGAAAUGCAAUGGCUGCAACCGCGCCAUCAUGGAGAACUAUAUCUCCGCGUUGAACUCGCAGUGGCAUCCCGAUUGCUUUGUCUGCAGGGACUGUCGACAACCGUUCCAAGGAGGAUCCUUCUUCGAUCACGAGGGUCUGCCCUAUUGCGAGACGCAUUACCAUGCCAAGCGUGGAUCGCUUUGUGCCGGCUGCUCGAAGCCAAUAACGGGACGUUGUAUUACGGCGAUGUUCAAGAAAUUUCAUCCGGAACAUUUCGUUUGUGCUUUCUGCUUGAAGCAACUGAACAAGGGCACCUUCAAGGAGCAGAAGGACAAGCCUUAUUGCCAUGCCUGCUUCGACAAGAUAUUCGGUUGAAUUGGCCCGUUUGGGACGGAUUUAUACUAGCCAUGUGCUCCACACUAUAGUUACGCUAUAAUGCUGUUUUGUACGAAUUGCGUCUCUUUUUUUAUCACUGCUUACAAUAAUUACAAUAUGUUUGUGCUUUGUAUAACCGAGUCAAAUUAGUAAGAUAAUUAACACAGACAACACACAGAAUGUACGAAUGAUAAUAAUAAUUAUAAUAAUCAAUUAGAAGACACUAAUACCCCAUCGAUAUGAUGGUCAAAGCGAUAUUUCUGCCCUUUCAAAAUAAAAACAUUACAAUGAUAAA